CCGGUGCCGGCCCGCCGCGCUGCCCCGGCUCUCCCCCGGCCCGCUCCGCGGCUCCCCCCGGCCCCGCUCCCCGCCGCGGGGUGGUGGCUGCGCUUGGCCAUGAGUUUACCGCAGAAGGCGGCUUUGAAACCCGGCGCGGCGGCGGCGGCGGGGACCGGCCCCGGGAGCGGGGCGGCGGCGGGGCCGCCUCCCCCCCCGGCUCCCCCUCACCCGGCGCCGGCGCCUCACCCCAACAUCAGGGCCUUGCCGCCACAGCCGCCCCAGCAAAUCCCCCGAGGUCCUGUCCAGCAGCCCCUGGAGGAUCGGAUCUUCACUCCGACCGUCUCGGCUGUGUACAGCACUGUAACACAAGUAGCAAGACAACCGGGUCCUCCUGCCCCAUCCCCUUACACUGCACAUGAAAUAAAUAAGGGACACCCAAAUCUUGCUGCAACGCCACCGGGACAUGCAUCGUCCCCUGGGCUCUCACAGGCUCCUUAUCCCUCAGGACAGAAUGCAGCUCCCACCACGCUGGUGUACCCUCAAGCCCCUCAAACAAUGAGCACGCAGCCUCAGACCCGCUCGCCGCCCAGCAGAACAGUGCCAAUACAUUGCACAGAAAACUGGAAGAGGAGGAAGGUUUUGGAACAGAGUCCGGUUUACAGGUCCCUGGCUGGAAGAGGCUGGAUAAAAUACUGCAUUUUUGCAGCGGGGCCUCGACCUGCCCAUCACCAGUUUUUUCAGAGGCCUCAGAUCCAGCCUCCAAGAGCCACCAUCCAGAACAGCAGCCCCUCCAUCCGUCCCGGAGCGCAGACCCCGACUGCCGUGUACCAAACCAACCAGCACAUCAUGAUGGUGAACCACCUGCCAAUGCCCUACCCGAUGCCUCAGGGCCCCCAGUACUGUAUCCCACAGUAUCGUCACAGUGGCCCCCCGUACGUUGGGCCACCCCAGCAAUAUCCUGUGCAGCCACCAGGACCAGGACCCUUCUAUCCAGGCCCAGGUCCUGGAGAAUUCCCCAAUGCCUACGGAACACCCUUCUACCCCAGCCAGCCAGUGUACCAGUCUGCACCCAUCAUUGUGCCUACGCAGCAGCAGCAGCCGCCGCCUGCCAAGAGAGAGAAGAAAACGAUCCGAAUCCGGGAUCCAAACCAGGGAGGCAAAGACAUAACAGAAGAAAUCAUGUCUGGAGGGGGCAGCAGGAACCCCACCCCCCCCAUCGUCAGACCCACCUCCACCCCGACUCCACCUCAGCAGGUGCCCAGCCAGGUCCCCGAGCCCGUUCCCACGGCGUUGGGAGCCGUGGAGAGCUCCCACCCCUCUGGCAGCGCCCCCGGCACCGCGGCCCCCGCCUCCAAACAAGAAGAGAAGCCAAAACCAGAUCCAGUAUUAAAACCACCUUCUCCAGUCCUCAGACCAGAACCUGCUGGGGAGAAGAAAGAUCAAGCUGGGCAGACGACCGAGGCCCCCACCUCAGUGGAACCCUCAGCAGAACUUCCUCGUGCUCCGUCGCCAGCCCCGGCCGCUCCGGUCGCCGCUGUCCCCGCGGCCACCGCUGCUGUCACCGUGUCCAGCAAAGCCACGCCCGCGGCUGACCCGGAGGACAAAUGUGAACUGGCCUUCCCCAGAGAGGAGGCGAUGCCUACCCCCAGUGCCACAGCCUGCCCGGAGCCAGCGGCCCCUCCUCCUGCGGAAGAGCCCGGUGCCGAGGCAUGCACAGAGCCCAGCAGUGCAGUAGCAUCCCCCGGUGACGCCUCGGUGGCGGUGCCGGCCGGGCCCGCUGUCACCAGCGACACGAGCAGCGCCGGGGCCGCGGGGGCCGAGCCGGGGGCAGAGGCGGCCCAGGCAGAAGCUGCAGCGUUGACUGUGGAGGUGGAGCCCACCGAGGCCCCCCCAGCAGAGGUGGAGAGCGCUCCAUCACCUCCCAGUGCUCCUCUCGCUGCUGCCUCUCCUCCUCCCACCCCGCCGCCCACCCCGCCGCCCCCGUCCCCUCCGCUUCCCGUCGCUGCUGUCACCACUACAACUCCUUCCCCACCUCCUCUCCCGUCUCCGAGUGCCCUCCCUGUUGUCCAGGGAGAUUUAGAAGGAGAGGAGAGCACAAGAACUACUCUUAGUGAAGAGGUAAAAGAUACUGAAAAGAAGGAAGAGACAGAAGCAGAUGGGCAGCUGGAUGAGAGCCGGGAGGCUCUGACUGUGAACUCAAGCAAGAGUCCUGUCCCAGCCCAAACCGCUGUAACUGCACCAAAGACCUGGAAGAAACCAAAAGACCGGACCCAAGCCACUGAGGAGGUGACAGAGGCAGAAACAGAGCCGAAGGAGGAGGAGGAGGAACCUUCAGGGGACAAAGUACUUGAAUCCGACCAGGAGAAAAUGAGCCAUGGGCUUCAACCAGAGAGGGAACCCGCAGAGCUCAAGGCAGUGAAAGCCGUGGAGGAGAACGGGGAGCAGGAGGCAGAGCCGGUGCGAAACGGCGCCGAGAGCGUCUCGGAGGGCGAGGGCACCGACGCCACCUCCGGCUGCACGGAGAGCUCCGGGGAGGGGCCCGUGUACCAGUACAAACCAGAGCAGUGGAAGCCCCUGGACCCGGAGGGGAAGAAGCAAUACGACCGGGAAUUCCUGCUGGAUAUCCAGUUCAUGCCUGCCUGUAUCCAGAAGCCUGAGGGGCUGCCUCCCAUCAGCGACGUGGUGCUCGACAAGGUGAGAGGAGAGCCCAUAAAACAGGUCAACCAGCCCAAAUUGCCGCUGAGGACUCUGGACCCCCGGAUCCUGCCACGAGGCCCCGACUUCACACCAGCCUUCGCUGAUUUUGGGAGGCAAGCCCCCGGGGGAAGAAACGUGUCUGGAAGUGCCUGCAAAGUGCAAAGCACCCCUGGAUUGCCCUCCCUGGCUCGGUGUGGGCCCCCAGCAUGCCCUCUCUUGGUCUCGCCUCACCCACCAUUGAGGAACCUGCCGAUAGGGUUGUUGAAUGUUGGACCGAGGAGAUCUCAGCCGGGCCAGAGGAGGGAGCCCAGGAAGAUCAUCACUGUGUGUGUGAAGGAGGAUGUGCACCUGAAGAAGGCAGAGAAUGCCUGGAAACCAAGCCUGAAGAGGGAAAACCAAACUGAGGACCCAGAAAAUGUCAAAACCCAGGAGCUGUUCCGCAAGGUACGAAGCAUCUUGAACAAGCUGACGCCCCAGAUGUUCAACCAGCUGAUGAAGCAGGUGACAGACCUGACAGUGGACACAGAGGAGAGGCUGAAGGGAGUCAUCGACCUGGUCUUUGAGAAGGCCAUCGACGAGCCCAGCUUCUCCGUGGCGUACGCCAACAUGUGCCGCUGCCUGGUGACGCUGAAAGUGCCCAUGGCAGACAAACCUGGGAGCACAGUAAAUUUCCGUAAGUUGCUGUUAAAUCGCUGCCAGAAGGAAUUUGAAAAGGACAAGGCUGACGAUGAUGUCUUUGAAAAGAAGCAGAAAGAACUCGAAGCUGCCACCACUCCAGAGGAGAAGACGCGGCUCCACGACGAGCUGGAAGAGGCCAAGGACAAAGCCCGGCGGAGAUCCAUCGGGAACAUCAAAUUCAUCGGCGAGCUUUUCAAGCUGAAGAUGCUGACAGAGGCCAUCAUGCACGACUGCGUGGUGAAGCUGCUGAAAAACCACGACGAGGAGUCCCUCGAGUGCCUUUGCCGCCUGCUCACAACCAUUGGCAAGGACCUGGACUUUGAGAAGGCAAAGCCCCGCAUGGACCAGUAUUUUAAUCAGAUGGAGAAGAUUGUGAAAGAGAGGAAAACCUCCUCAAGGAUUCGGUUCAUGCUUCAGGAUGUAAUAGACCUAAGGCUGUGCAACUGGGUGUCACGGAGAGCAGACCAGGGCCCCAAGACCAUCGAGCAGAUCCAUAAAGAAGCCAAGAUUGAAGAGCAGGAAGAACAGAGGAAGGUGCAACAACUCAUGACCAAAGACAAGAGGAGACCAGGUGUCCCACGGGUCGACGAAGGCGGCUGGAACACUGUGCAGGGGGCAAAGAACAGCAGAGUGCUGGACCCCACCAAGUUCCUUAAAAUCACCAAGCCCACAAUAGAUGAGAAGAUUCAGCUCGUGCCUAAAGCCCAGUUGGGCAGCUGGGGGAAGGGCAGCAGUGGUGGAGCCAAGGCAAGCGAGAUGGACUCCUUGCGACCAAGUGCCACAAGUCUGAACAGAUUUUCUGCCCUGCAGCCUCCAGUGUCCCCAGUAUCUGCCUCAUCUGCAUCUUCAGAACUAGAAUCUCGCAGGGCCUUAACGAGUCGCGGGAGCACGGGCAGGGAGAAGAACGACAAACCUCUGCCACCUUCCCUGUCCCGGCCCAACACCUUCCUCCGGGGCAGCAGCAGCAAGGAGCUGCUGCUGGACAACCAGGCCCAGGAGGAGCAGCGCAGGGAGAUGCUGGAGACGGUGAAGCAGCUGACAGGAGGCAUGGAGAUGGACAGGAACAGCACCGAGGCCGAGAGGAACAAAGCCAAGGAACCUGCCAAGCCAGAAGUUCCCCCAGCUCCAGUGCAAGAAAAGCCUUCACUAUCAGAAGAGGAAAUAGAGAGAAAAUGCAAAUCUAUCAUUGAUGAGUUCUUGCAUAUUAAUGAUUUUAAGGAGGCCAUGCAGUGCGUGGAGGAGCUGAGUGCCCAGAACCUGCUGCCCGUGUUCGUGCGCGUGGGCGUGGAGUCCACGCUGGAGCGGAGUCAGAUCACCAGGGAUCACAUGGGCCAGUUGUUACAUCAGCUGGUGCACUCGGGAAAGCUGAGCAAGCAGGAUUUCUUCAAGGGUUUUUCCGAGACCCUGGAGAUGGCGGAUGACAUGGCCAUAGAUAUACCCCAUAUCUGGUUGUACCUGGCUGAGUUGGUGACCCCCAUGUUAAAAGAAGGAGGAAUCUCUAUGAGAGAACUUAUACAAGAAUUUAGCAAACCCUUGCUUCCUGUGGGAAGAGCCGGUGUCUUGCUUGCUGAAAUCUUGCACCUUCUAUGCAAACAAAUGAGCCAUAAGAAAGUGGGAGCCUUAUGGAGGGAGUCUGGCCUCAGUUGGAAGGACUACUUGCCCGAAGGGGAAGAUGUACAUACCUUUCUCAUGGAACAGAAGUUGGAGUUCACGGAGUCUGACUGUUCCAGUUCCUCAGAAGCACUUUCAGAGAAAGAACUGUCUGCAGAAGAGCUGAACAAGCAGCUGGAAAAACUCAUUGUUGAGGACAAGGCGAAUGAUGAACAAAUCUUUGACUGGGUAGAGGCUAAUCUAGAUGAAAGCCAGAUGAGUUCACCUACAUUCCUUAGAGCUUUAAUGACAGCAGUUUGUAAAGCAGCUAUUAUAGCGGACUCUUCUAGCUUCCGAGUGGACACUGCUGUUAUCAAACAGAGAGUGCCCAUCUUACUCAAGUACCUGGACUCAGACACAGAGAAGGAACUACAAGCACUUUAUGCACUACAAGCAUCAAUAGUAAAACUUGAUCAACCUCCUAAUUUGUUGCGGAUGUUUUUUGAUUGCCUGUAUGACGAGGAGGUCAUUUCGGAGGAUGCCUUCUACAAGUGGGAAAGCAGCAAGGACCCAGCGGAGCAGAACGGGAAAGGAGUAGCGCUAAAAUCUGUAACGGCGUUCUUCACGUGGCUACGGGAGGCCGAAGAGGAGUCAGAGGAUAAUUAAAACUUAAAAUACAGAUUUAAAACAAACAAACAAAAAAGAAACAAUUUAAGUAUUUUUUUAAAAAGUUUCACGUCUUCGCCAAUCACAGUGCAGCAAGGCCAAUUCUCUCUCGCAGACCCCCCUUGCCCCACACACGCACGAGUGGGAGAGGUAAAACUCGAUAAACACCGAGGUGAUCAUGGAGGCAAAAAGGUACUUGAAAACAAACCCACAAAAGUAAACUUCAAACCUGAGGGCGGGAGCACUAAACCAAAAUACAUGUAUUAUUUAUAGAAAAUAUUUUCUGUUUUAAUCUUUUUCUUUUCUUUUUAAACAAGGACUCAUACUUAGGAAAACACACAGCAAAACAAAUCUGUUUAGCAAAAACAAAAACAAGUUGAAAACUUCUAAUUUAUUAUUUUAAGGACUGCAAAUGCCAGUGUAAUUUUUAAAUUUGCAGUUUCUGUAAACAAAUUGUAUAAUAGAACAAAAGCAGAGAAAUAAAUUUCCCUCCCCUUCAUAUGCACCUCAGUUUUGUUUCAAAGCAUGAUAAAUCAACAAAACUUUGAAGGGGGUUGGGGUGAGCUAGAUGAGGACAAGAUCAAUUUUUGUUUAUUGUCAUCAGAUUUUUCUGCCUGCCUCUCAGCUUGCUUCAGAAAUUUAAAAAGAAAAUAGUAAUCAAACCAUACAUAACCUUGGAUCAGAAGGAAAAUGCAUUUGAGAAAACCGCUGAGGACCAGAGUGCUCCGAAAAUAACUCACUGAAAACCGUGCUACCCCGGGGAAAAAAGUACUAGUGAUACUUUGAGAACCUUUAGAGCAACUUUAAGGCUUGUAAAUACAUAGAACAAAUAUUUAAAAAAAAAAAAAAAAAAAAAAAAAAGAAAGAAAUUGACUCAAUACUAUUUCUUUUCACUUUCAAAAUAUAAAGAACAAAAUAAAGACAAACAUUGCAAGUUUAAAAGAAAGUAAAACGACUUCUCCUUUGACAGCUGCUGAAUGUGUGCACCAUCCUGAGCGGUGCUGGCUUCCUUGGCAUGCCGUAGGUCCUCAGGCCCAAAUUGUGUACAUAUAGUGUGUGUCUGUAUGUGUGACUACCAAAAAUGAAGGGUGAGAGCAAUUGUUGUUUAAAAAAAAGGAAAACAUGAAAAAAGGGGAUGCUGUUGUGCCGAGAAACUCCCUGGCCAAGGAGCAGCCAGUGGCUGCGGGGCCAAGCGGGAGCAGUUGGUUCCCGAGGCUGGGACGUGACCUCAGGGCAGACGGUGCCCGACCCCAGCUGGGUUUCUCCAGCCAUGUCUCGUGUGACUUGGAUCAGUGGCGUCAUCCGGGGACUUGUGACCCUGGCAGCUCCGGAGGCCGCAGCUGUGAGAGCCGAGAUCCGACAGCCCAGCGCCAGGGAAGGGUGCAGGACGGAGGAGCGGCGCUGCCUGCCCGCUCCGCGUGCCGGGGCCAGCGCGGCCGGGGCACGGCCACAGCCGUGGGAGCCCUUCCCGUGCCCAGCGGGACCCGGGCUGCUGCUCCAGACCCAGCUGCUGCUGAGGACAGGAAGGCCCUCGCGUGUGUCUGCAGCCACCCAAGAUGACCCGCUGGCUCUCACUGUGAGAAGCACCUGCCAUCAAGGACUCUGCAAAGCUGGGGAAGCCCUCAAAUGUGGUUUAUGAACUGUGGGCCAUGGACCGUGAGUAACCAGCCUAUGGAGCAUUUGCUGGGGGUGUCUGCAGCACUGACUGCUCGCAUGAUGCUGUCUUUUUCUUUCCAGCUGCUAAAUCACUUUAAAAAAAAAAAAAAAAGACAACAAAAAAAAAUCCAACAACAAAAAGAAACAAAAAGAAAGGGAAGAAAGGCUACAAAUACGCUACUUUCCUAAUCUUACUUUUACAUGUAAACAAUUGCUGUACUUGCCUGAGGAUGUGAUUUGAUCACCACGGGGAAGGGAGGAGGUGCCUGGUUGUGGCCAGAGGGGAGAGGUCCAUGAGACACUUUCCCUGCUAACGUGUUCCACCCCAUGAAUCUGAGCUAGAGAAUCCAUGGCCUAAAACACUAGAGCAUUGUUUGGUUAUUUUUUUUUUUUAGUAACAAUAAAACACUUCUCUCUGAA